AUGGCCCAUUCUCUGAGAACCCACCAAACCCACCAAUUCCUCCCAUGUCCCAUUUCUACUACCGAAUACGACCAUGACGAUACCUCCUCGACCUCAACAUCCGACUCCCUUUGCAAACCACUCAAUUCCUUCGACACCGACGAUGGCGAUGCAUUUGUUCAGAGGAGGCCAAAGGAUAACGUUUGGUGGAGGAUAAUGCCCGUACGAGCGCGAAGGAAGAAAGUCCUGCGGCAGGCGAGAGAAAAAGAAAAAAGCGACGUUGAAGGGGAUGCGGAAUUGCAAAAGUUAUAUUCCACCAAGAGAGUGAAGCGGAGAAGAACUCGGCAGAGGACGUGGUUCAAUUACUGUAUCUUUGGUGGCAUAUCUGGCUUGACCAUCUUAGCAUUCCUCCUCACCACAAACCUCGUCCUAAUCCUCGCCUCCCUUUUCUGGACCUCCGACAUUGACCACGUUCUGCAAAAUUGGGGACAGCCUGGGACUUCCUCAGAAGGCCUCUCCUGGUACCCUACCGAUUUCACCCGGGACAUCCUCCCCAUAGCCUGCCAUUCCCACAAUGACUACUGGCGCCGUGUCCCACUGUUCUCGGGCUUGCGAGCAGGCUGCACCGGCACAGAAGCCGAUGUAUGGCUUUUUGAUAAUGAGCUGUUUGUUGGGCAUAACACUGCGAGUUUGAUCAGAAAUAGAACCUUCCAAAGUCUCUAUGUAAAUCCACUGGUCAAAAUACUGGAAGACCAGAACCCAAACACCGAAUUCUACAACGGCACAAGCCAUGGCGUAUUCGACACCGAUCCAGAUGUUUCCCUCACACUACUUAUAGAUGUCAAAACCUCCGGCCCCGAAACCUGGCCCUGGGUCCUCGCACAACUCGAACCGCUGCGAGAAAAAGGCUGGUUGACAUUCGUACAAGACAACACCCUCCACAAACGUCCCAUAACAGUCGUCGGCACAGGAAACACCCCCUUCGACGUCCUGACCGCAAACUCCACCUACCGCGAUGCCUUUUUCGACGCCCCCCUCGAGACAAUGUGGGAAGCGCGCCAUCCCUCAUCCGAUCCCCUCGAAGGAGACGAAGCCUCAGACAUGCCUUCCACGCCCCUCCACAACGUCGGCCAAGGUCUUUCCGGCACCACAGCAAACAGUUCCUUCAACGAGCUAAACUCCUACUACGCGUCCGUCUCCUUCCACAAAGCAGUCGGCCGCAUCUGGCGCGCUCGCCUUACUCCAAAGCAAAUGAAGAUCAUCCGAGGCCAGAUCAGAGGCGCGCAUAGACGCGGUUUGAAAGCUAGGUAUUGGGAUCUACCGUCUUGGCCGCUGGGCUUAAGGAAUCAUGUUUGGGAUGUCCUGAUUAGGGAGGGCGUGGAUAUACUGAAUGUAGAUGAUUUGAGGGGCGUAAGAAGGGUUGUUUGGUAG